GUUCAGAACAAUAAUAAAUAAUUCGGAUUAGUAAUAAACGAAAAUAUAUAAUAGCUUGUGUAAAACUUAACAAAUUAAUGAAUGUAGAAGGUCUAUAAAAUGAACAAAUUUUAGAUGUCAAAUUAAUAUAGAAUAAUAAUAAUAGAAUUGUAUAUUUGUGUAUACAAAUUUUUGUUGUAUUCUAUUGUCACAACAUUAUUGCAUCGAUUUGUUUUAACUUUGUUAAUCUUUAAACAUAUUCGAGCCAUUUUCUAAAGCUCUUUUUUCGUAUUAUACAUGCAAGACUCUACAAACAAUGUGAGGAAGUAAGUGGGAGUAGACAAUUUGGAUUCAAGAAUAGUUUUGGUGCUAGAAAGGCUAGUUUUAGCUUGCAGACCUUCGUCGAGAACUGCUACGAUCAGAGGAAGGAUGGAUUUGUGUAUUUUAUGGACUAUGAGAAUGCUUUCGACAACAUUCAGCAUGAUUUUCUGCUAAAAUGUCUACAAGAUCUGGGCCUAGAUGAUAAAGAUGUGCGUAUUAUCGGAAAUUUAUACUGGAACCAAAUAGCUGAGGUGCCUCCAAAACCUCAGAAUUUGAACCGAAGAAUUUGAAAUCAAAAAGGAAAUAAGGCAAGGUUGUAUUCUUUCCCCAAUGCCUUUCAAUCUUUACGUCGAGAGAGCGUUUGGCGAGGUAGUAUCAAAUAGUACCUUGGGCGUAAAAGUAAAUGGAGUUCCUAUAAAUAAUAUAAGCAGGUGCCUUUCCCAGCGCCCGACUGGAUAUAAAUGAUGAAGAAGUGGAGAGAGUCCAUAAAUUUAUAUAUUUAGGAUGUAUCCUGAAACCUGGAAAUGGAGAUAAAGAGUAGGAGCUAUAGACCAAGUCAGGAUAAUUUUCCAAAAACUCGACAGUUCCUUACUAAUCAUAAGCUUAAUUUCAACCUUAGAUAUCGUAUGAUCAAGUGCUACAUUUGGUCUGUCCUACUAUAUGAGAUGAAAGCAUGGAUACUUAAAGUAACAUUGAUAAACAAACUGGAGGCUUUUAAGAUAUGGACUCUGCGCCGAUCGCUAAGGAUAUCGUGGGUAGAAAGAACUAGUAACAAGAACGUCAUUAGAAGAGUGGGGCUGGAAGACAGAGAAUUGUUCAAGCACUUUAAAGGUAGAAAGAUCGCUGAUUUUGAGCAUUUACUACGUGAAGAACGUUACAACUUUCUACAGCUGAUUUUGGAGAGUAAAAUUGAAGGAAGAAGAAUCGGUCGCAAAAAGUUAUGGCUAUGGAACAUACGAUAUUAGGUCGGACUGCAUGAGUAUGAGACUCUUCGCAAUGUCGCAUUGGAAAAGGGAAAUAUAGUCUAGUCAAGUCUAGUCUGGUUAACGAUGAGUGAAGAACAAAAAACGCCUACGUAGAUAAAAAUCUGUAUGGCAUGCUAAGAAACAUAGUCGAAAUCUUUCUUCGAUCGCUUACUGUAAAGAUGUAAUGAGGAAGAAGAUUCAGGCUAGGUGUGAAAAAAAGAUUGGAGUCCCCUCUAUUAAGUGCUAUGGUUGACAAACUUCAUUGCUUAACUAAAAUAAAAUGGCACGGAAGUAAAGUUUUCAGAGAGAUUUCAAAGAUUCUAUAAUAUGUUUAAGGGUUAAUAAUGACUUCUGUGUACACGUUAUGUGAUUUUAUGUUUGAAACUUAGUCAUUUUUAUAUUUUUCAUUGAUAUAAUUAUUUUUAUUUUAUGUUCCAUCGCGACUGAUGAAGAUUUAGUCAAGUUAAAACGUGCUGCAGUUUUUUUAAAUAGAUUAAACAUAUAACUCUAUUAAUGACAUUUAAAAUUUAUUUUAUUGGCCAUCUACACUUAUUUAUUUGCAGGAUUAGAUAGGUUUUUUUUUAACCUAAGUUAGUGGCUUAUAUAAAAAUUAAUUACAUUAAAAGUUGCGUUAAGAUUAAAUUAAAUUGGAAAUUAAUAUAAAGCAUUGU